ACAACAGUUUCGCAGAUGAUCACGUGAUCGAAGAUCGACUUCUUCGUUUGUGGCCACGAGGUUUUGUGGUGAAAAUUAAGUUUACCGGGUGGAAAAGGCCCUCUAUUUUUGUAUUUAUACAAAAAUGUCCUCCAGCAAUCCUUUGCCACCCAAAGAAAAUGCCUUGUUUAAGCGAAUUUUGAGAUGUUAUGAACACAAACAAUACAAAAAUGGAUUGAAAUUUGCGAAGCAAAUCUUAUCAAAUCCAAAAUUCAGUGAGCAUGGAGAGACAUUGGCGAUGAAAGGUCUGACUCUGAAUUGCUUAGGUCGCAAAGAAGAAGCAUAUGAUCAUGUACGGCGUGGUCUUAGGAACAGUUUACAGUCUCAUGUAUGCUGGCAUGUUUAUGGACUGUUACAGCGUUCCGAUAAGAAAUAUGAUGAGGCUAUCAAGUGUUAUAGAAAUGCUCUUAAAUGGGAUAAGGACAAUAUCCAAAUCCUUAGAGAUUUAUCUUUACUUCAAAUUCAAAUGAGGGAUUUAGAAGGAUAUAGAGAUACAAGAUACCAAUUGUUUAUGUUACGUCCAACACAACGUGCUUCUUGGAUUGGUUUCGCUAUAUCUUAUCAUUUAUUAAAAGACUAUGAGAUGGCGCUUAAAAUUUUAGAUACAUUUCGAAAUUCACCUAUGAUUUGUUAUGAUUAUGAACAUAGUGAAUUGCUGUUAUACCAAAAUAUGGUUAUUCAAGAAUCUGGUGACAAUGAACAAGCUUUAAAACAUCUUGAUAAGUAUCGAUAUCAAAUUUGUGAUAGAGUCACUUUAAAAGAGACAUAUGGUAAACUCAGACUUCAGCUUCAACAAUAUGCAGAAGCAACACAGGUUUACAAAGAAUUAUUAAAUAUCAAUCCAGAAAAUACUACAUAUUAUGCUAAAUUGGCAGAGGCUGAAAGACAUGAAACACCAGAAGAUACAUUGAUUAUGCUCCAAAGAUACGAAGAAUUAUUUCCUCGUGCAUUAGCACCAAGACGUUUACAAUUGAAUUAUGCUACCGGAGAUCAAUUUAAAACAUUAGUCGAUUUAUAUUUACGACGAGGCCUUCAUAAAGGUGUACCACCAUUGUUUGUUAAUCUUCGUUCGUUGUAUAAUGACAAACAAAAAGUUGAAGUUAUUCAAUCUCUUGUUCUGGAAUAUAAGGAAGCGUUAAAAGCUCAUGGUCAUUUUAGUAAUCAAGAAAAAGAUAAUCCACGAGAACCAGCGUCGGCAUUAUUAUGGACUUAUUAUUAUUUAGCUCAACAUUAUGAUUAUCUUGGUCUUACAGAGAAAGCGUUGAACGAGAUUGAUGCCGCCAUAGAUCAUACGCCUACAUUAAUAGAAUUGUUUGUUACCAAAGGACGAAUAUUUAAGCACGCUGGAAAUGUUCAAGAAGCAUACAAGUGGUUGGAUGAAGCUCAAGGAUUAGAUACCGCAGAUCGAUAUAUUAAUUCUAAAUGUGCCAAAUAUAUGCUACGUGCUAAUUUAAUAAAAGAAGCAGAAGAGACAUGUGGGAAGUUUACAAGGGAAGGCGUAUUAGCCAUGGAAAAUUUAAAUGAAAUGCAAUGUAUGUGGAUUCAAAUGGAAGCAGCACAUGCGUAUCAACGUCUUGGAAAAUAUGGAGAAGCGUUAAAGAAGUGCCAUGAAGUUGACAGGCACUUUUCGGAAAUUAUAGAAGAUCAAUUCGACUUUCACACAUAUUGCAUGAGAAAAAUGACAUUAAGAUCUUACGUUGGUCUCUUGAGGUUAGAGGACGUCCUUCGUGCUCAUCCAUUUUAUUUCAAGGCUGCAAAAUGUGCGAUGGAGGUUUAUCUUCGUUUACAUGACUAUCCUUUGCCGGAUCCAACGCAGACACAAGAAAUCGAUACGGGUAAGUUUUCUUUUUUACAUUUAUUAUGUAUUAUUGAUCAGAGACGAACAAAUUUAAUUUUACAUAAAACAUGGCCAUUCACAGUGUGACGACGCAUCGCACUGUAAACAUACCAGAGUCAAUUUGUAUUUUCUACUUAUAAUUCAGUAAAUAUAUAUUUACUGAAUAUAUAUAUAUACAUAUAUAUAUAUAUAUAUAUAUAUAUAUAUAUAUGUAUAUAUAUAUAAAACGUUCUGAUAGAUAUAUUCUUCCUAGAGGAAUAUAUUUAUAUGGAAUAUUACAGGCUAUACAAACAUUUCUAUCUUACACGUUCGUUUAAACACAUAAAAUUUUUAUUAGAAUAAUUCAUAAGGACAUUUUUUUAUUACUUCAUACAUAGAUUGUAAUAAAUUAUUCGUUUCCGAAGAAUUAAAAUUAAUAUACUAUACAGUCUAUCAGAGGGAGCUCGUAAUAUUUACUCAUGAAACUUUCCAAAGAAAAAAUUUAAACGAAUCCAUUAUUAUUGAUCUCGAUAAUAUUCGUAAUAUUCGUAAAAAAAAAAAAAAAAAAAAGUUACAAUAAAAUAAAUACGAUAACGAAA